AUGGCUCACACAAAGCAGACAGCUCGCAAAUCCACUGGAGGCAAGGCCUCCCCACCCCACCGGAAGCAGCUUGCGACCAAAGCAGCCCGCAAGAGUGCACCUUCCACUGGUGGAGUCAAGAAACCACAUUGUUACAGGCCUAGGACUGUGGCUUUGCGUGAAAUCCGGCGAUACCAGAAUUCCACAGAGUUGCUAAUCAGGAAGCUUCCUUUCCAGCGUCUAGUGUGUGAAAUUGCACAGGACUUCAAAACUGACCUGAGGUUCCAGGGUGCUGCCAUUGGGGCUCUGCAGGAAGCCAAUGAGUUUUCCUGA